CGCCACUUCACCAGUACACUCUCCUUGCAUCCAUCCUUGUCCUUGCAUACGUGAACUGUUCACCUAGUUGAAACAGAGAAUAUCGAUGACUACUGAACUCCCAUAUGCCGCUGACGCAGAGGUUUCGCUCUCAUACGAUGAGCUUGAGGUUCUGCGACUACAAUAUCAGAAGGAACUCGCACAAGCGCACGUCACGACACAGACUAAAUUCAACUAUGCGUGGGGGCUUGUGAAGAGUCCGAUCAGGGACCACCAAGUUGAGGGCGUGAGGAUACUUCAAGAAAUCUACCGAGCAGAACCACAGAGACGGCGGGAAUGUUUGUACUACCUUGCUCUGGGACAUUACAAGAUGGGAAACUACGAAGAGGCGAAGAACUUCAAUGCUCUCCUCCUCGAUAGAGAACCCACAAACAUGCAGGCGCAGUCUCUGGGCGGGCUCAUAGAAAAGGCAGUUUCGCGAGAAGGAUACAUUGGCAUGGGUCUAGCAGCAGGCGCAGCAGCACUCGGCACGCUCUUAAUCGCAGGUCUCAUACGGCGAGCAAACAACCGCAAAUGAUUCUUAUUCUACCCGUGAACUCGCUGUGCUUACCACCCGCCUUUCUUUCGCAAACUGCAACCUUCAAACCGCAACCCUCAUCUACCUCCCAUAUUCGCCCUUCGCCAUGCAUCAUUCUUCAUCGACUGUCCUUUCAAUUCACGACCCCACCGCUCACGACACCUUCGAUUCGCGACUACCCAACUAUCGACCAUCGACGGCCCAACCACGAGGACAGGCGUCAGAAGUAAUAUUCUUCACAGGCAUCAAUCCUCUGUAUCGUAUUCAGUACACGUAUAACCAUC